AUGAGAACGGAUCCUUGUCCGGGAGCAAGUCACCCGUCCACCUUAGCUGGUCACUCAGCGUUAGGGGGUGAGCCGAGAGUCAAGGAAGGAAGGAGCAGAGCCUCCAGCCACGGCUAUGUGCGCUCACAGUUGGUCACAAGUAGCGUAUUCCAGAGGAAAGCAAAGCCCAGCUUGUGUCAACAAAAGGUGCAGAGUGCUUCCGUCAGCCUCCCGGCUCCCAAGCCGUCUAAAGGUGAGUCUCAGUCUCUUGUAGUCGUCGACGACGGCGCCAUCCUCUACUACCCGCCCGCCCAGCUUGGUUCAGGCGUCAGACCAAGUCCGGCAUUGAUCUGA